UGAGACCCUCUCUCGGUGGAAGACCGCGUCCGAGUGACACCUCGUCUCCGCUCUACACUUAAAACUCACUCAACUCAUCUGCCAUGGAGGAAUCGAGUAGUUGACGUUUCCUUUUUACCUCUUUCUUUUUUAAGCUUUCUUCCCGUUGAUCACUUGUUCAUCCCGAACCGGUUCAUUGACGUUUUUGAACUCGCUUUUCCUUUUUAUUCAUCGACGAGCUCUAACCCAAUCCAGCAAUCAUGAAGUACAUCAUCGGCAUCGGCGGCGUAACCAAUGGAGGGAAAACCACCCUUACCAACAAACUGAUCAAGAACCUGCCCAACUGUUGUGUGGUACAUCAAGAUGACUUCUUCAAGCCCCAAGAUCAGAUUGAAGUCGAAGAUGGCUUUAAGCAGUAUGAUGUCAUUACUGCUCUGGACAUGGACGCCAUGAUGAGUACCAUCUAUGCAUGGCUGGAGAACCCGGUGAAGUUUGAAAAGUCUCAUGGCGUCAAUAACACCCUGGAUACGGACAUCGUUCCAAAGUCUGAACACGAGGAGGAUGAGGAGACUCACAUCCUUAUCGUGGAAGGCUUCCUGCUUUACACCUACGAACCUUUGAUCAACGCGCUGAACCAACGUUACUUUAUUUCCAUCCCGUACGAAGAAUGCAAAAAGAGGAGGUGCUCUAGGAACUACACGGUGCCAGACCCCCCCGGCCUGUUUGACGGUCACGUCUGGCCCAUGUAUCUGAAACACAAAAACAUCAUGGAGACAUCAGGUGUUGACGUGUUGCAGCUAGAUGGAACUAAGUCAAAGGAACAACUGUUCAACUUUGUCUAUGGUGACAUCCUGAAUAACAUCCAGAAGUCUCUUUAACAAAGGUCAUCUGAUCAGCUAAAAGGAGCAUAUAUUCAGCCUGCAAGAAGAAGACCGCCUUGCCUUAAGUUUCUACCUGGCAGCUCAUUUAGCUGACUGCUAUGAUUUUUUUUGUAAAUGUUAAACUGACGGCAUCAAAUGCUGGCAUGAUUUUAUAUCGACCAUAUUUAUUGCUUUGUUACAGCGUAUACUCCAAGAGAGUUGAUGGAUAUGUUCAGAGGAUGGUUGCACUUGUCAAUAAAUGAUCCUCCUAUAA